AUGACCUUAGCACAUGAGGUUUCGGCCUCAGGAGGGUUGAGGGUCCUGGAAGAAGAGUCAGAAGGUCUCGUUCGAUCUCCUACAGCUGAAGAAAAGAGUCAAACUCACACUAGUCGAAUCUCAGACGACUCACAUGAUUCAACAAUCACCAAGAACAAUACAGACAACUCAGAUAUCCAUGGAAGACUCGCUUCAGCACUCAGGGCAGCAGAAGAUCCAUGCAAGAACGAGUCUCCAGUUCAAUCAGACAGCUCAGCAGUCUUACUCGCCACAGCCAAUGCAGUAUUACUCUCAGACUACUCUCAGCUUCCAGUAAGACUCCUGAUAGACUCAGGGUCUGAGCUGACGUUCAUCUCAUCAAGUGUGGUAAAGACUUGUCAUCUCCAACGUCGUCCAUCAGUAAUAUCAGUGCUGGGAAUUGGUAACGAACCAGCUGCACAAACUCGAGGAGUGACAACAGUGACACUUAGAUCAACUCACACACAGGAGCAAGUUACAAUCAAUGCUCAUAUUCUCAAAUGUGUCACUGGUACUUUACCAACCAGACAACUCACAGAACUCAACUGGUCAGCUCUCAACUCUCUGCAACUUGCUGACCCAGACUACUCAACUCCAAGACCCAUUGACAUUUUAAUAGGAGCAGAUUGUUAUGGACUAAUUGUGAAGGCAGGCAUAAAACAAUUUCCUCAGUCAUCGCUAAUAGCCCAAGAUUCAAUUUUUGGAUGGAUGCUCAUUGGAAGUCCACACCCGACAAGAUGCUCAAGUCAGAGAACUCAUCACGCAGCAAGGGUCAACUCAUACCAGCAAGUAUCUGAUCUCUUGACAAAAUUCUGGGUUCAAGAAGAAGUUCCAGAGACCUUAGCCAGCCAACUCAGCCCAGAUGAUCAAUCUUGUGAAGACCAUUAUGUUACGACUCAUUCAAGAGAUCAAGAUGGGAGAUAUAUUGUGAGAAUACCACUCAAAGCAUCACCAUCUCUUCUAGGCAACUCAUCAGCGAGAGCUCAUCAGUGUUUACUACACAUGAUCAGACGACUCACCAAGAAUGACUCAUAUGCACAACUCUAUCACAACUUUAUGCAAGAAUACGAGUCACUGAACCACAUGACACGAGCCAAGGCAAGUCCAGUCAACUCUCCAGUGUAUUAUUUGCCUCAUCAUGGUGUCUUAAGAGAAGACAGUGUUACUACAAAGCUUAGGGUAGUAUUUAAUGGCUCUAGUCCAUCUUCUAGUGGUCUAUCAGUGAACGAUAUUCAACAUACUGGUGCCAAAGUCCAGAAAGACAUUGCAGACGUACUCAUUUGGAUCAGGCAGCAUAAAUUUGUGUUUACAUCAGACAUCACAAAGAUGUACAGGCAAAUCAAAGUCCACCAAGAUGAUUGGGAUCUCCAGAGAAUCCUGUGGGUGGACGAGCACUCCAAGAUAAUCCCAUAUCAACUCACAACAGUCACGUAUGGUACCAGGUCAGCCCCAUUUCUGGCUGUUCGCACAAUGAUCCAGCUAGUAAAGGAUGAAGGUCAUAAGUUCCCUCUAGCUGUUGAUCCACUACUAAAAGGAAGAUAUGUGGACGAUAUUUUUGGAGGUGCUGACACCGUGAGUCAACUGAUAGACAUCUCAACCCAAGUCAGACAACUCUGCAUGGCAGGUGGCUUCCCGUUAGCGAAAUGGCACAGCAACUCACUUUAA